GUCGUCCUUGGCCCCACCCUACUCUGGUUCCUGGAACAUGCGCAGUCUCGUUUGCGGUCUCGCCUGCUUUGCGGGUACGUCAAGAUGGCUGCCUCCAUAUUGAACGUGUUGCUGAGGCGCCUUCCUAACGUUUCGCCCUUCAGAGGUGCCUACGGAGUUCAGGUUCCCCUCCAGACUCUUUGCACCAAAGGCCCCCCUGAGGAUGAUUCUCUGCCCCCAAUUCCUGUUUCCCCUUAUGAGGAUGAACCCUGGAAAUACCUGGACUCGGAAGAAUACCACAACCGCUAUGGUUCUCGCCCUGUCUGGGCUGACUACCGUCGAAACCACAAAGGUGGAAUACCCCCACAGCGGACUCGAAAGAUGUGUAUCCGUGGAAAUAAAGUUGCUGGGAACCCCUGCCCCAUCUGCCGGGAUCAGAAGCUGCAUGUCGACUUUAGGAACGUGAAGCUCUUGAAACAGUUUGUCUGUGCCCACACGGGUAUCAUCUUCCAUGCUCCAUAUACAGGGGUCUGUAUGAAGCAACACAAGAAGUUGACCCAGGCUAUCCAGAAAGCCAGGGAUCAUGGUCUCCUCAGUUACCACAUUCCCCAAGUUGAACCUCGGGACGUUGACUUCAGUACAUCUCAUGGAGCUGUGAGUGCUACUCCACCAGCCCCCACUCUGGUUUCUGGUGACCCCUGGUAUCCAUGGUACAGCUGGAAACAGCCACCAGAGAGAGAGCUGUCCCGCCUUCGCCGGCUCUACCAGGGCCAUCUGCGAGAAGAAAGUGGCCCUCCACCUGAGUCGAUGCCCAAGGUGCCGCUCACGGCCCCCACUGAAGCCACGCCCACUGAGCAGGCGGGCCCCCAGAGUGCUCUGUAGGUGUAGACUGGGACGGGACCGGCGGGUCUCCUUCACAAUACUCAUCCUGAAGAGGUGUGCCUACUUUGUGGCCAGUAGCAAGCUCAAUCACCAGAGAUUGUUGGUGAAAGGGAUGAAUACACAUGAGGCUGAGGGAAGGUGGUACAGAUUUGUAUGGGAAACCUCAGUCCCUGCUGUUGUAAAUAGAUGGGUUACACAUUCAGUUACUAUUUCAGACUUGUGCCAGCUGCAUUUUCCCACAAUAAAGCUGUAUCCUGUCUCUGGGCUGAA